AGCAAAUUUACAUUCACAAGACACAAGCAACUCGCCUGGUGCAAUGGCUAACAACCAGCGAAAUCCACUUUUCCUCUCUCUUUAAACAACGCUUCCACAGCUUGAUCAAUGAACACCACAGCCAGUGAGGGUAACUUUCUGUGGUGACUGCAGACUUCAGGGUUUUCCCUGUUGAAUCUCCAGACCCACCACUCUGAUUUGCUCCCAAACCUCUCUGCCGGAUUCCAUCCAUCUCCCUCCGCCCUCUUCCUACCCCCCUGUACUCCCACCCCUGAACGUCCAUCAGAGCUAAAAUGGACGACAGCAACGAAAACAGGACUUCCUUAGUGAAGGGGGCCAAGGACAUCGCCAAGGAGGCCAAGCGGCACGCUGUGAAAAAGGUCAACAAGGUCGUGGACAGCACCACAGACGAGUACUCCCAGCGCAAAUACAGCCGUUUCGAGGACGAGGUGGACGAGGGGGACGACUUUUACCGUAACCCUCCCAGGCAGGACGGAGGCUACAAUGACAACGACCAGGCCAGUGAUGCCAGCGACGCCACAGAGGGCCAUGAUGACGAAGAUGAGAUCUACGAAGGGGAGUACCAGGGAAUCCCAGCGGCCGGAGACAGGCGGGCCAGGGAGGGGCAGGUGGCUCUGGGGCAGCCCGUCACAGACAGCCUGAAAGACCGUAAGGAGCUGGAGCAGGAGAGGCAGGCGGACGAGGAGGAACUCGCCCAGCAGUAUGAGCUGAUCAUCCAGGAGUGUGGCCACGGCAGGUUCCAGUGGCAGCUGUUCCUGGUGCUGGGCCUGGCCCUCAUGUCGGAUGGGGUGGAGGUGUUCGUGGUGGGGUUUGUUCUACCCAGCGCCGAGACGGACAUGUGUGCUCUGGGUGGCUCCAACUCCAGAUCUGGAUGGCUAGGCAGUAUUGUGUACCUGGGGAUGAUGGUGGGGGCGUUCUUCUGGGGGGGCAUGUCGGACAAGGUGGGCCGCAGACAGUGUCUGCUCAUCUGCAUGUGUGUGAACGGCUUCUUCGCCUUCCUGUCCUCCUUCGUUCAGGGUUACGGCAUCUUCCUGUUCUGCCGCAUGAUCGCAGGCUUUGGAACAGGGGGGGUUGUACCCAUCGUCUUCUCCUUAUUUGCGGAGGUGCUGUCCAGAGAGAAGAGAGGGGAGCACCUGAGCUGGCUCUGCAUGUUCUGGAUGAUUGGCGAGAUCUAUGCUUCAGCCAUGGCCUGGGCCAUUAUACCACACUACGGCUGGAGUUUCAGUAUGGGUUCUGCCUACCAGUUCCACAGUUGGAGAGUGUUUGUGGUCGUCUGCGCCCUGCCCUGCGUUUGUGCUGUCGUGGCUCUCACUUUCAUGCCCGAGAGCCCCAGGUUUUACCUGGAGGUGGGGAAGCACGACGAGGCUUGGAUGAUCCUCAAGCAGAUCCAUGACACCAACAUGCGAGCGCGUGGGCAGCCGGAGAAAGUCUUCACUGUGAACAGAAUCAAGAUCCCCAAGCAUUUGGAUGAGCUGGUGGAGAUGAAAUCAGAGUCGGGGAACCCAGUCUCCAAGGCCCUCUUCAGGUCCAAGACAGAGCUAUGUGGGAUCUGGGUUAACUUUAUGAAGUGUUUCGACUACCCUCUGAAAGAAAGCACUAUCAAGCUAGCUAUUGUUUGGUUUACGCUGUCAUUUGGGUACUACGGCCUGUCUGUGUGGUUCCCUGACGUCAUCAAGCACCUCCAGGCAGAUGACUACGCCUCCAAGGUGAAGAUCCACAGCAACGAACGCAUCGAGGACUUCACCUUCAAUUUCACCAUGGAGAACCAGAUCCACACCAAUGGUGUCUUCAUCAACGACAGAUUUGUUAAUAUGAAGUUGAAGUCCAUCACCUUUAUUGACUCAACCUUCCGUAACUGCUACUUUGACGACGUGACGUCGGUGGGAUCCUACUUCCGGAACUGUACCUUCAUCGAGGCGUUCUUCUACAACACUGACAUCGAUGACUCCAAACUGAUAGAUGGCACAGAGGUGAUCAACAGCACGUUUCACCACAACAAGACGGGCUGUCAGAUGACAUUUGACGACGACUACAGCGCCUACUGGGUCUACUUCAUCAAUUUCCUUGGAACUCUGGCUGUUCUGCCCGGCAACAUCGUCUCGGCACUGCUCAUGGAUAAAAUCGGACGCCUUUCCAUGUUAGGUGGCUCCAUGGUUCUGUCAGGGAUCAGUUGUUUCUUCCUGUGGUUCGGCACCAGUGAGUCGAUGAUGAUCUUCAUGCUGUGCCUUUACAACGGCCUGAGCAUAUCAGCCUGGAACUCACUGGACGUGGUCACCACAGAGUCCUUCCCUACAGAUAGAAGAGGGACAGGUUUUGGGUUCUGUAACGCCUUGUGUAAGCUGGCUGCAGUGUUGGGAAACCUGAUCUUUGGUUCUCUGGUUGGCAUCACCAAGUCCAUCCCCAUCCUCCUGGCCUCAUCUGUGCUGGUGUGUGGAGGCCUGGUGGGGCUCCGGCUGCCUGAUACCAGGGCCAACGUACUCAUGUAGCCCCAGGAAGGACCACCUGGCCUGUGGAAGACUUGGGCCAAACCUGGUGCAAAGGGUUUGCUUCAAACAUGUCCUAUGGAUGUUUGAGAUUUGAUUUGCUUAUUGCCACUUGUGGUCUCAAAGGGAGUUCAAUUGCAUAACCCCCCACCCCCACCCCAUAUCGCUAUGAAACAGUAUAUCUACUUUCACUUUAUCAAUUUAUGUAUGUACAAGACACAACCCAAGCUCCAGACCAUCUGCACAAUUCCCUGGUGUCAAAGGGAAACUCCUAUUUAUUGUUGAAUGUAAUAUUUGGGGAUAUCACAACGCCCCUUCCAGGAUGGAAUGAUGUCACUCAAUAUUUUCAUGUUAUUUCAUCAUGAUAUAAUCAUAAUAGUUAGUGGGGUAGAUAUUUUAGUGAAGCUUGUGGUGAGCAUUGUUCAGGGGAAUUGAUGGUCAGUUGUUCAUGACUGAUUGAUGGCCGGGCCAUUGCCUGUGGAUUAGGUCCAUCCAUCCCCGUAUAGUACUGGCUGUGAAGGGAACUACUGUAUGUGGGUCCUGUAGUUGGCUGAAGUAGACUCUAGAUCAGUGUCAUUGGCUGUUUGCUAUGAGCUGGCUUGUGAAGUCAGGACUGAGUUAGUGCUAUGUGAGUUGUAUAGAUGUCAGUAGCGCCUGUUGCGUUGUAUCUUAUGAGCAGUAGCUUCCAGGCAUGUUUGUCUGGAGUCAUUGCAGGGGCAUGGUUAGUGCUGUACAUAUGAAUGUGUUCUUAUUAGGCCAGGACAGAUGGAGGAGAGAGGGGAAAACAAGCUGUUCUGAGCACAGCCACCCUGCAGUGGGAGAGAUGGGGGAAUAGAUGAUCAGAAAGACUGGAGACCACACAGCUGCAACACAGCUGGCCUAGACAGACAGACAGACAGACAGACAGACAGACAGACAGACAGACAGACAGACAGACAUGCAGGCAGGCAGACAGGCAGGCAGGCAGACAGACAGACAGACAGACAGACAGACAGACAGGCAGGCAGGCAGGCAGGCAGGCAGGCAGGCAGGCAGGCAGGCAGGCAGACAGACAGACAGACAGACAGACAGACAGACAGACAGAACCGGAGAGAGAACAAGGGUAUUUCUGGGCCACCGAGUGUAGAUGGAUCUUUGUCAGGCUUGAUGUGUUCUCACAUAAUGUUUCACUUGUAAUGUCUGCUGGAUAUAUGCACAUACCCUGAACUGUCAACCAUGAAGAGUCAUGGUGAUGGACAGGUUUUAACCCACAGUAGCUGGUUUGAAGCUUCUCCCAGAAAACAUCUGAAACUAUAAUAACGAGCUUGUUGUCAGUUGUGGCUAUUUAUUUAUUAGUUUACACUGACAGAUGCAUAAAGAUGGGUUUUCAUUACAGUGUUCUGCCCCACUCUACCACAGUCAUAUAUAAACACUCAAUAUCAAAGCCCUUUGCACCAGCUCUCUAGGCCAUAUUGAAUAACUUGAUUUGUUGUUAUUUGAAGUGUACAUACUAAAUGUAUCAAUAUGUUAAUAUUUAUGGUUUUUUGGGGGUAUAUAUCUGCAGCAGUUCUAAAGAAUUUGUUGGGGAAAAUGUAAGAAUCCAUUUUUUUUGUAUCAACUCUUGUUCUCCACUUCCCCUAUUUGUUGUAUUCUAUGCAGGCUUCCUUGUUGGGAUUUAUUUAUGUUCAGCCUUUGAUUUGGCGUUUCUCUUCGCCACUGACUUUGUAAUGACAUGUCAGGCUGCUUCCUUUUCAAGAUACUGAAUGGCCUUUUUUUAAAUGUGCCUCUUCACCGGAGCGUUCUCCUCAUAGACAACAGAACAGGAGACUAAAGGGUACAGGAGGUAAACAGGAAGUGAACUCUGUCUGUGUGUGUGUGUGAUGUCCCUUCUCACUAUGGUCAACAUUUUCAAGUACUGUACAUCAUCACAUUGGUGUGACAGUGACGUGUAAAAGGUACAACAUCCAUAUCAGUUUCAAAAAAGAUGCCCUCCCUUCAGAUGAAUUUGGAAGAUAAUAUUAUUUUUAAACUGGAUUGGAAAAUAUCAAAUGUUAUUUAGAGCAAUAAGAUAUUUAGUAACUGCUUGCAUAAGAGUGACCCCACAGACGUAAUUUAAGUGAAAUGACGUGAAAACAACGUUGAUUCAACCAGUGUGUGCCCAGUGGGAAUGCAAUUGCGUGGAUAUUUUAAGCAAUAUUUAAACAGUUUUACAACAUUGAGGAAACUAUUCCAGUGCUUGUUAUAAAAAAAAAACACCUGUGACCAUUUGGAAGACAUUUUAGAAUCAGUAACAAAACAGUAUUUUUCAAAAGGCUUUUUGCCAAAUGUCUGCACACAUAGUUCAAUACACAGCACAUGUAUAAAUCUUUGCACUGUAUAAUGGCUUUUCAUUAGUGCUGUACACUGCAUAACGUUUCAGUCUCUAAAUUCUCACCCAAAGUUGACAAAUGCAUCUGAUGUUUAUAAGGCAUCCUGCAGAUAGCUGUUGGUACUGUAAGCAGUAUGAUCACCAGACCUCAGUCACAGGUCUACAUCUCUACAUGGCUCCUUAGUAUUUUCUGUGGCUUACUGCCGGUGUAGCUCUCCUGUUCCUGUGUGUGUCGUAUCUGUGAGUAUAUUGUAGUGUUAGUAGUUCACUGUAUCAAAACUGCUGUCUGCUUCCACCCUCCUUAUUUUAGCUUUACAUCAUCUUGGAUAUGGUAAAGUCUGUUUGCUGAUUGUUUGUUUCUUGGUAUGCACUACAAAUGAACAACCGCUGACUUUUUGAUGAUUUCGUUUUAAGUGAUGACAUAAUCAAUGGAACUUGAGUAUUUAUAGUAGUAGUAAUAACAUUCUGAUUGGGCUUGUGUCAAACCAAAGCUACUGACUGACUACUGUUACCAUCUCAGCAGUGUUGUGCAUACAAUAAGAUACCAGUUAUUUAUCAACAAGGAUUGCAGCUGUAUGGUGGUACUGGAUGUGUUAAACCUAGCGUCUUAACCUAAUUGUGACAGCAUUGCCUAUCUUACAAAGGAUAAAUAAGUGUCUCUCUUUUUUUGUGUGGGUGUGUGGUUUGGUUUCACUAUCAUUGUGGGGACCAGAAGUCCUCACAAGGAUAGUAAAACAAGGAAAAUGUUGACAGGUAUGGACAUUUCGCCAGUCCCCACAAGAAAAAAUGCUAUUUUAGGCUUAGAGGUUAGGUUUAGGGAUAAGAGUUAGGGUUAGGCUUAGUUUUAGGGUUAACGUUAGAGUUAGGUUAAGGGUUAGGGAAAAUAGGAUUUUGAAUGGGAAUUUUUUUGGGGUUCCCGCAAGGAUAGUAAAACAAGUGUGUGUGUGUGUGUGUGUGCGUGUGCGUGUGCGCGUGUGUGUGUGUAAGUAUUGUACAUAUCAAUGCUGUAGUUGGUGGACUUCUGAGUUAAAUCUGUAUGCUUUUUGAUUGACUGAUGCGUCUCCAGCUUUGUUCAAGCGAAAAAAUCCAUCUAUCCAUGUUCUACGUCUGUGUUUCCUUGGCUUAAAGCCACAUGUCCUCUACUACUGUGUGUACAAACUUGCAUGUGUGUAUGAAACUUCUCUUUUUUGUGCUCAACUUUGUGUUCUUAUUGUAUUCUUCUGCCAGAAGAAGAGAAAAUGUAGAUUUUUGGAAGAAAGAAAGUGAAUGUAUCACUCGUCAGUUUUUUUGGGACAUUUUUUUAAGUGAACAAUGGUGUGGGCUCAGAUGAACAAAUGUGUGGGCUCAGAUGAACAAAUGUGUGGGCUCUGAUGAACAAAGGUGUGUACAUUAUUGUGAAGGGCAUGCCAAUUGUGGGAUGACUGUAUGUACAGACGUCUAUAAACAUGAAGCUGUGUAGAGAAAUAUUUGCCAAAUGAUGCCCUGUGAAUAUUGUUUUAAUUAAAGGAGAAUGGCAGGAAUUGCAAAUAGUGCUGCUUAUGAGCAUCAAGUAUAUGAAAUAAAGAUUUAUGUUCUCUAGCAAA